AUGCCUGAUGGUACGAAUUACUUCAACAAGAUUUACAUAUGCUUUGCUGCAGUCAAAGAGGGGUGGCGUGGAGGGUGUAGAAGGAUCAUUAACUUGGAUGGUUGUUUCCUGAAAAGUUUUUGUCAAGGUGAGUUGCUUUGUGUUAUUGGUAGGGAUGCUAACAAUGGAAUAUUCCCAAUUUCUUGGGCAAUUGUAUGUGUGGAAAACAAGGACAAUUGGAAAUGGUUCAUUGAAAAUCUUGCAGAAGAUUUGCAAUGUCGGAAUGAAGGAAGUGGUUUGGUUGUAAUUUCUGAUCAACACAAGGGUUUGGUUGAGGCAGUCAAAGAAGUAUUCCCAACAGUAGAACAUAGGCGGUCUGCUAGGCAUAUAUAUGCUAAUGUUAGAAAGAAGUUUAGUGGAGCCAAGUUUGAAAAUUUGUUUUGGAGAGAAAGCAAGGCAACAACUGAAGCACAUUUUAACACAGUAAUGAAAGAUAUUGAAAAGUUGAAUCUUGAAGCCAUUAAACAUCUUAUGGAUAGAGAUUUAAAGACUUGGUCUCUAGCUUUUUUUAGAGUUCGCAAUUCAUCAUGUGAAUUUGUGGAGAAUGGCUUUUCAGAGAGCUUUAAUAGUGUCAUUUUUGAUGCUAGGAAGAAACCUAUUAUCAGCAUGUUAGAGGACAUUCGUAUAUAUGUGAUGCAAAGGAUGAAAGGGCACAACAAGACCACUUGCACUCAAGUGCCAAGUCCUCCUAAAACCAAUGUUAUAAAGAAACAAAAGAUCAUGCAAACACAAGAAUCAGUGAAUAUACAACGGGGUGGAGAAGAUGUUAUGGGUGAUGCAGUUGAGCCACAAACUGAUGAAGUUAUGAGGGUAAACAAAUAUGAGCAAGCGGUGAGGGUAAACAAAUUUGAGCAACUGGUGAAAGUUAAUGAAGCUGAGGAACUAGGCAGGGUUAAUCAAAUUGUUGGGCAAGUGUAUACUACAUGUCAACCAAGCAAGAGGAAGAAGUCAGAUAGAAUUCUUAAACUAAAGUUUGCUAAAAGAAUUGAAGGUGAAGGUAGUAGUGUUGGAUCGUCAAUGGAGUUAGAUUAA